AACUUAAUAUAGCCUAAGUUACAGUCUAUCAGAUUCAUGUUAUGUUAAUAAUUGUUUGCAAUGUACGGACUAAAUGUACCACAAUAACGAUCCUAAAGUAACUUGCUUAUCACAGGUUGCAGGUUCAAAUCCUGCCAUGGUAGCAAAUACAAUUUCCUCUUCAUUUAAUGGUGCUGGUUUUCAUUGGAAAUCUCAGGAGUGAUUUGGUUUUGUCUAUAUAAUCUCUAUACCUUACAAGCACAAUAUUGACAAGAGAAAGGUUGGCUUCUGUGAAACAAGAGAUGGCAGGAUAUAAUUUUGAAGUCUUUGAUGAUGAGCUAAUUAUAUUGAUCAGAAAGUCGCUUCAAGCUUCAAAAUAAUGUUGUCAUGCCAAUAUUUCAUUAUCACCUUCAGGAGGCAGUUAUUUUAUGAAGAAUGAUUUGAAAUACAAGACUUCUGCAAAACUUCAUAGUCCAUUAUUUUUAGCAAUAUUACAGUUAUGCAACACUGAUUUCAAAAUCUACCUAGAAGUCCUCAGCAAGUAAUUGACAAUUUCCACAUAUGUCAGAAGUAGAGAAUGGAAACUUCCACACAGAAACUAGUGGUAGAAAAUGACGGCUUCCACACAGAAGUCAGAAGUAGAGAAUCACAAAUUCCACACACGAGUCAGAGGUAGGGAAUGACAAUUUCACAUAGAAGCCAGAGGUAGAAAAUGACAAUUUCCACACAGAAGUCAGAGGUAGAAAAUGACAAUUUCCACAUACAAGUAGGAGGUAGAAAAUGACAGUUUCCCUAUACAAGUAGGAGGUAGACAAUGACAGUUUCCACACAGAAGUAGGAGGUAGAAAAUGACAGUUUCCACACAGAAGUAGGAGGUAGAAAAUGACAGUUUCCACACAGAAGUCAGAGGUAGAGAAUGACAACUUCCACACAGAGGUCAGAGGUAGAAAAUGACAACUUCCACACAGAGGUCAGAAGUAGAAAAUGACAGUUUCCACACUGAAGUAGGAGGUAGAAAAUGACAGUUUCCACACAGAAGUCGGAGGUAGAAAACGACAGUUUCCACACAGAAGUAGGACAAGUGACAGAAGUAGGAGGUAGAAAAUGACAGUGUCCACACAGAAGUCAGAGGUAGAGAAUGACAACUUCCACACAGGCGUCAGAGAUAAUGACAACUUUCACACAGAAGUCAGAGAUAGAGAAUGACAACUUCCAUACACAUGUUAAAGGUAUAGAGAAUGACAAUUUCCACACAAAACAGCACGAAGGCAUCAUGCAGUUCAGUUUUUUCUUUUGACAAAGAAACUAUGAAUGUUUGUCUCUCUUAGUCCAAAAUUUCAAUUUUUAUCUUAAAAAGGUUUUACUGUCUGUUGCACUUUAUUAACUUUUCACUGAUUAAGGAAGUAAUUUGUGUGACAGGUAUUGUUAUACACAUUUGUUUAAGGAAGUAAUUUUCCUGAAAUUGUAUAUAAUACUGCAUAAAACAGAAAUAUUCUUCUUCCAUAUGGAAAUGAUUGAAUUUAUGAGUUUUCGUUUUUCCAAAUUAUAUUUUUUGAUAUUAAACAAGAUUUAAUAUGGUUGUAUAAAUAUUCCAAGAUCAAGGUUAUAAUUUUGUCAUUGAAAAACUGGAGUAAACUUAAAUGCAUAGAUCAUAUACACAUUGAUAUCUAAUGUGAUUUUCAAGUAACCUCAGAUUUUGUGAUGUGAUCUGUAAAAGGUGUUUUUUGAAGAUUUUAUUGUAAAAGGCUUGAGUAGUAGUGUUAUCUGGGAUAUUCUCUAAUACAGUUCUGUUUGGAGGUGACCAAGAAUACCAAUGUUGCCUACAGACAAAUGGAAGCAAAUGUGAAAUAAACAAAAAUAUUGAGGUGCUUGUGCUAUUAUAGGGAAGAUUUUGUGGAUUUGACAUUUUUGAACGAACUAAAGUGUGGAUUUUGUAAGUUUGAAUGACAUAAAGUGCCAUUUUAGCUACUUGAGGUAGUGAUUUGAAAGAAUAAUAUAGAGUGCAAUUUAAGCUACUUGUGAUCGAGAUUUUUAAGGAUUUAUUGUGAGAAUUUUGUGGAUUUGAAUUUUGUAUAGUGCCAUUUUGUGAGGUUUUGUUAAAAAAAAGUACACAAGAGUAACAAUGUUGUCCAAAAAACUUUUGGCCAAAACGGCCUCGGACAGUACUGAUCAUUUUGAGAUGCCAGAAAAAAUGAGAAAUUUAACAGAGGAAGACUUCAUAAACAAAGCACGUGCGGGGCGUAAACGUCACAGUGUUCAGUUGGAUAAACGCAUAACACAACAGUUGCUGGAAAGUAAAAGUGACCGGCGGUCAAGUAAUGCAAGUUCUUAUGCUGGAAGCACAGAUUCUUUAUCAUCCUACACUGGCAGUUCUUCAGAUGAAGAGGAUGAAGUGAACCCAAGGGAUAAACAACAGAAAAAUUCUAAGGGUUCAUCUGACUUCUGUGUGAAAAAUAUAGAUCAUGCUGCAUUCGGCAGAAGAGAAAUUGAGAUUGCUGAGCAGGAGAUGCCUGGGCUCAUGGCAUUACGUAAGAGGGCAGAAUCAGACAAACCGCCACUUCAGGGUGCCAAGAUCAUUGGAUGUACGCAUAUCACAGCUCAGACUGCUGUACUGAUUGAGACCCUGGUCCACCUUGGGGCUUCUGUGAGAUGGGCUGCCUGUAAUAUCUACUCCACCCAGAAUGAGGUAGCAGCAGCUCUUGCAGAAUCAGGUUACCCCACAUUUGCCUGGAAGGGAGAGACAGAGGAAGACUUCUGGUGGUGUAUCGACAAAUGUGUCAAUGCUGACGGCUGGCAGCCAAAUAUGAUUUUGGAUGAUGGUGGUGAUGCCACCCAUUUGAUGUUGAAACGCUACCCAGCCCUGUUCAACAUGGUGAAAGGUCUGGUUGAAGAAAGUGUGACAGGUGUUCACCGACUUUAUCAGCUCUCCAAGGGUGGAAAACUCACUGUUCCGGCAAUGAACGUCAAUGACUCAGUAACCAAGACAAAGUUUGACAACUUGUACAGUUGCAGAGAAUCAAUUUUGGAUGCGUUGAAGAGAACUACAGACAUCAUGUUUGGAGGAAAGCAGGUGCUUGUCUGUGGAUAUGGUGAGGUAGGGAAAGGUGUAUCAUCAGCAUUAAAAGGUUUGGGAGCUAUCGUCAUGGUUACUGAGAUUGAUCCUAUCUGUGCUCUGCAGGCAAGCAUGGAUGGGUUCCGUGUUGUACGAACAGACGAGGUUGUGAAGUCAAUAGAUGUGCUGAUCACAUGUACAGGAAAUAAAAAUGUUGUUAAUCGCGGUCACAUGGACAGAAUGAAGACCGGAUGUAUUGUGUGUAAUAUGGGACAUUCCAAUACUGAAAUUGAUGUGAAUAGUUUGCGGACUCCUGACUUGACUUGGGAGAAAGUUCGCUCACAAGUGGAUCAUGUUAUCUGGCCCGACGGCAAAAGAAUUAUCUUGCUAGCUGAGGGUCGUCUUGUAAACUUGAGUUGUUCAAGUGUGCCAUCGUUUGUUGUUUCAAUAACAGCUGUAACUCAGGCACUAGCUUUAAUAGAACUAUACAAUGCACCAAGUGGAAGAUACAAGCAAGAUGUCUACCUCUUACCAAAGAAAAUGGACGAGUAUGUUGCUCUCCUACACUUAACCACAUUUGAUGCACAUCUCACCGAACUGACAGAUGAACAAGCCAAAUAUCUUGGCCUCUCCAAGACUGGGCCAUUCAAGCCAAAUUACUACAGGUACUAAUUAUAGUAUAGCAUAGGAAAAUAGAUGAUUGGAGAUCCUAGAUUUCAUUCCGGGUCUAGAUACAUUGCAUAUGCAUCAUACAGACUGGAUUUCCAAAAAAAGCUUCAGACUGAGUUACAAUCAUCAACACAUAUUAGUGCAUUUUGACAUCAGAUGCAACCAGACAUUUUUUCAGUAGACUGUUGCACAAAUUAUUCUAGACUUGUAUACAAUUGUAUUUUUGACUUCAAGACUGGUCUUUAUUCUAUAGACUGGAAUACAGAUAUUUUAAAGACACAGAUUAUUCAUUAGCAAUCAUGCAACUUAAUUUAUUGUCUGCUCCUCGCUUUUUACAGUUUGCAGUAAAAAAAAGUUUAUAAAAGGAAAUUUGUACAGAAUGAAAGAACUGACAUCGGCACCGUCUCUGUGAUUUUGAUUUUUUUUUUAUUUUUGACACACUGUUCUAGAUUUUAUCUUUGUGUGUUUUUUGUAAAUUUAUUAUAAAUUAUUAUGAGAAUGGUUAUUAUCUUUACUGCAUUCCAUUGCAUAGGAAGAUGAAAUUUUCAUAACAGUAAAAUUGAUUUCAUGCAACUUGUAAAUUAAAGGUUACGCACUACUAAAUGUUCAGUGAAUUUGUAGAGUAAUGAAUGUUUGUGUUUUUCACUUGCAAUAAACAUAUCAUAUGAAUCUCUAUAUAUGCUACACAUCUGAAAAUCUUUGUCAGAUGUGUUGAAGUUUUGUAUAAUCAGAGCUUAAAAAGUAACUGUAAUAACAGGUGUACGGCUUUAUAUUUAACACAGCAUAGUUUUAAAGAAAUUAAGCUGAAGCUAACCACAGAGUUGUGAUCUUGUUCUACGAUUUUAUUGACCUUUGGUACUUAAAUCUAUAAUUAAACUGCAGUACACAGGGUUAAAGGCAUAUUUCAAUCUACUUCAAAGUACAAAAUGUCAGUAGGAAUGCAAAGUUGAUAUGCUGUAUAUUUUUGAAAAUUCCAUACUUAAUAAGAUGUAAAAUGAUUUUUUUUUACAUAAUUCAUUGUUACUAGGGCUGAAUGAAACAUAUAAGAAUCAUGUGUAUAUAUUUGCAUAUAUUAUCAGGAAUUUCAUACGGUUCCUUUAUAGGUUUUUGUGUAAAUAAUAAGUAUGUUAUAUAUUGGGACUACCAGUUAUAUUGUGUGAACACUUUGUUCUGUUUUACAUAGUUGAAAAUAUACAUGUAAACAUUCUGUUAGUUUUCCUUUUGUGUUAACUGUAGUGGACAUUUUCUCCUUAUAAUGUUGUUCCUAUGUUUCCCUUUGACUUUUUUGCCUUCAGUUUAAACAGAAUAAAGUGUUUCAUAUGUACGUAGUCUAUAAUGAGUUCCUUUUGGAAAUAAGAUUUAGGACGGAUAAUGUGAACAUAGCAUAUUAACGGAACUGAUAAUGUGAACAUAGCAUAUUAACGGAACUGAUAGUGAACAUAGCAUAUUAACGGAACUGAUAAUGUGAACAUAGCAUAUUAACAGAACUGAUAAUGUGAACAUAGCCGGUUAACAGAACUGAAAAUUUCUGUAGAUUGGUGAAUUUUUGUAACGGUUUUAUCUCACGAUGUGACAGGUAGGAGACUGACUGAUGCUGUGAGGAAUUGGCACUUGGUAUUUAUCUGUGUAUUUAUAUCUCUCUUUCUUUUCUUAAAAGUUUUUAAUUUGUGUGCCACUGUGACUGGAAAAAAUAGCAAGAAUAAAAUCCUCCCUAUCUACAGGUUGCAUGUUCAUGAGAUGGGUUAAGACAGUGUUAUUUCUAGGCAGUUAUUGCAGUGCAUGUUCAUUUUCCAGCUUAAAAUCAUGGUGAUACUACAAAAUUUAUUUUUAAGAAUGUGAGUAAACCUUUGGAAGUUCUAUAACUUUCAAUUUAGGAUAUUUUUUUAAUCACUUUAAUAUAAGAAAAUAGGAGUGCUCUCUGACCAGUAGAAAUUCACUGUGCAUUUAUAGUCUUACAUAAUCGUGUUUCACCUUUCAUCAUGAAUAUGUUAAUUUCACAGGCAUGAAAUUUCGUGGUUUUGGCCAAAAUGAUUUACUAGUGGGGAUAUGAAUUUUUUGAUUGCAGCUUAUGCAGGUAAAAAAAAAAGGGGGGGGGGGGGAUUCUUCUCGUCUCCUGCAAUACUAAAGAAUUUCUCAGAAACUGAUAAAUUUGGCAGCAAUUCUUUGGUUAGUUUGUUUUUGUUGCAGCCAUUUUAAUGGUUUGAUGUUGCUGUGUUUCUGCGGGUGCUGUUCCCAGGCUUGGACUUGAGCAGUUAAUAUCAGCUAUUGAACAUUUUGGUUCUAUACUUAUUUUCAUAUUAAGGGACUGGAUUGUGAUAUUAAUAUUUAAGUGGUUGCAUUUUCGUAUGUAUAUGUGUAUCCCUUUACACAGCACUCGGCGUAUGAGGUGUUAAAAUUCAGAAUGUUGCAAUUGACAUUACACGGUGAACAUGAAGUGUAAAAGUAAACUUUUGCAUUUUUAAACAUGUAAACAUGAAAAAUUUUAACAGACAGCUAUUGCUAUGUAUAGGGAUUUACUACACACACAUUAACACAUAUGAACUUGCAACUCUCAGUUGUCUAUUAUUUUGAGUCGUAGCUCAAUUACUUCUUCAAGAUUUUUUUAUCUCGUUCAUGACAGUUGUAGACUAUGUUUAUUUAAUUCUACGUUAAUACAUGAAUGUAGAUAAUUAUAUUGUACUACAUGUAUACCUAUGUUUGGAAAAGAACAAGAGCUGUAUAUUUAAUGUAUUCGGAAUAGUAUUCAAUAUUUGUGCCCCUGAAAAUUUUUUGGGAAGGCACUUGGAUUUGCCUUUGUCCAUCCAUCUGUCUGAAUUAUAGUCAUGCAUAUCUUAAAAUGUAUUUCACCUAGUCAUCAAACCUCACAGGAUUGUUAUUCAAUGUGUGAAGUUGUGCACCUGGUGUUCGCAUUGGCAGACCAGAGUUAUGGCACUUGACUUACAAAAAUAAGUGGCGGAAGUAGGAGCACUAGUGUCCUUUGGACACACGUCUGGUUUAUCUGUAUUCUUUAUUAUAAUGUGUUUCAAUGCCUAUAGCCUAUUAACAAAGUAUAUAAAAAGUAAAAACCGUAAGAAGGAAAAAGCCGCAACAUCUAUUAAAGCUGUACACCAAUUUUGGCCAACUUGCAUCGACAAUUUUUUUAGAAGUAUUUUAUCUGACAAAAAAUUCCUUUUUUAAAAUUUUGAUGUUUUCUUUAAAUCUGUAAAAAAUUGUACGGUUGAGCAAAAAAAGAAAACAGAGUUAACAUGUUUUGUUUACAUCAGUUUACAUCUUAUGCGUACAGCUUUAACUAGUAAACUGUUAGGGGUUUUUUGUCUUUAAUGAGAUUUUCUUUCUUACUUAAAUAUUUUGAUUUUUAUAACAAAAUAUCUGUUAAUGGUUGAUUAUGUGCAAUUAUUGUUUUUGCAAAGUAAGUUGUAUCAGAAUCUGCGUUAUCUGAAUCAGCAGUUGUUAGAGUGCUAAUAUAGGCGGCACAGGUGCUUUAAUUAUGACGCUGAGGCGACGUUUUGUGAUAAUCGUAUCUCCAGGGAAUUUCAAGUGAAAUGAAGAAAAUAGGGAUUUUUUUAUCAUCUGUUAAAAAUCUUGUUACAUGAAGUAUAUGUAGUUUUGAAAAAGUGUUUACCUUAUAAAAUCCAUACAUAUUCAAGUUAUUUUGGACUUAUGUAUUCAUAUAAAUUUUGCAAUAAUUUAUUUUUUUAUCAUCGCAAUCUUUCAAUGAAAGAUAUCUUGAUAUGUCAAAUAUGAGAAUGUUAUUUAGUUAACUUAUAUUUACAUACAUUUUCACAUUUUACCAUUUUCUAAACAAUUUGAAGUUUUUCUAGAAUAUCACAAGUCAUUAGAUUAUUGAAGAAUUCUUGGUUAGAUUUUGAGAUUCUGUAAAAACCAGAACAAUAAAAAUAAAUAAACAUU